UUUCUCUUCUGGAAUUAUUAUAAAUUUAAUCCGUAAAUGGGUGGAAAGGGCAAGAAGAAGCGUAAUAGCAAAGAUUCCUCUUCCAGUACUAAUGGUAACGGCGAGGAGGGGGAGAAGAAAAAAGAUGGUAAGAAGAAGGGCAGCAGCAGCAAAUCGCUGGGUUGUGACAUCUUCAAUGAUGUAGCGAUGGAGAAUGCCUACUAUGUGUGUCAUAAUGUGCAGGAUUUACUUAAGACACGCGGCUUCGCUUGGCCCGAUGGACAAAAGAAGAAGAAGAAGGGAAAACGCUGAAUACUAAAUGAUAUAUUUUUAGCGAUCUAAAAUUGAAAUAAAUCUAAAAAUAUUUUUAUUUUAUUAUUAAAUUUUAUUAAUUUAAACUCGUAAGCCACUAUACUUAAAUGUUAUGAUUUAACGGCGAAGAUACAUACAUAUAGACAUACAAAUAAAGAUAUAUGUAUGUACAUAUAUACGCACAAAUGUUGUAUUUGUUGUUGUACAUACAAUGUCUACAAACUAAA